AAGGUCUUGGGGGAGGAACACAAGGCCAGCAGCAGCAGAGGACUAUAAAGAGAGUGGAGCAGCGGUCUGUGUAUGAGUUGAUUCCUGCUUGCUGUUGCUGAUACAUCCACAACACCAACGAUAACAACAAUGCGUGUUCUGGCCGUGCUGUGUAUGGUGGUGCUGAUGGCUGCCGCUGUCCUGGGUGGACGUCGCUACGGCGGCGGUGGGCAUUUCGGCGGCGGCGGCGGCGGCUUCGGCGGUGGCGGCGGCGGAUUCGGCGGUGGCGGCUUCGGCCAUGGCGGUGGCGGAUUCGGCGGUGGCGGCGGCUUUGGCGGCGGCGGCUUCAGAGGCAGGGGCGGCUACGGCGGCUAAGGCAACAGGCCCGACCACACGCCCACGGCUCCGGCGCGGCCCUACUGACGAAGGCAGCGGCGGCGGGGACGGCAGUGGAGUGGAUUAUGAUUACGGUGAAUGUGGAGACUGUCGUGACCAAUAAAACAACCUGCAGGUG